UUUUUUGAUCAAUAUCACUCUUAAGUUUGAUCAUCGAUUUUCUUGAAGAUCGAUACACCCCAAUAACAACUUGCUCCAUACAUUUAUUUCCGCUACUUUCAUGGACGGAACUAAUCUCUCAGAACAAAGCCUAUCACCGUCUGAUCUCAAUGAGACUAACGGGGAAGAAACUGCAUUGCGUAGUUUCUUCACCUUUCCAUUCUCCUCUGAUGAAGUUUAUCAGCAAGGUCUAGCGGACCUACUUGCGCACGGUGCACUGAGUGGCAAGACAGAUGUUGAGAGGGCUGAAACCAUCCUCCGAACGCAGCUGUUUUACUUCAACAGAGUGGCCGGCCAGAACUUGACCAUAGAGGAUGUUCGGUCCCAUCAGAAUACCGUGGACUCCCAAAAUCUCACUGUGACCAUGGAUUUGUCACAUCCGUCCUCGAAUUCUGGAGACGGCGAAACCCGUCUGCUGACGUUCGCCGAGCUGACGAUGUUGAUAGAACAGGGGAAGACAGAUGACAUACCUAAUAACAAAGUCAUCCCCGAAACGCUUAAUGACGCACCUCCCAGCACUUCCAUAGCUUUAGUGCGGAAGAAACCCUGGGAAGUCGACAGUCAAUUCUGACGUGAAGUUUUGAAUGGCGCAAGCUACGGUAGUAAUGGUUACUUUUACUAACCGAAGCAAGUGUACUUCCGUUGCCAACAUGAUUAUGAUUGAUACUCCUUCACCCGUUUGAACACCAAUAGUGGCCUCAAUUUGCGACAAAUUUGCGACGCAUAGUAUUGUCUGUGAAGCAGUCGUACACUCAUUCUUUAUGUUUGUCUCGUCCUCAAAACCAUUGGUCCAUGGUUUGUUCAGACGAGGUAUCAUUACGUGUUUACAUGGGAUCCAGGUUUGCACGGACGUGAGUAUUUUCGGCAAGUGGAACGCUAUAGGUUUCGUUACUUAUUCUUCGGUGCCACAAAUACCGGUGCUUACAAAGUUACUAUUCUUAUGUCAAGCAAUGACAGCGUUUGCCAGUGCA